UUCUUUUACCGGUGACGAGAUCGUGUAACAAAUCCAACUUGCGCUACAAGCGGCUGACGUCUCUGCGCGGACCGCUGGACGCAAGUGAGGUUGGCGCGAGUGCGCGGUCGAGCCGAAUAGUUGGACGUUAUAACGAGAGUGACAGGUGGUUUGACGUUUGCUCGCCGCCAUCGCCGUUAGCGACAGCGCGGCCUGCCAUAUUGCGCGUGAUAUCAGGGGGGCAAACGUUUGUACGUAUCCGAGCCGUCGUGCAACUCGAUGAUUGAGUGAAUCGAACAACGAGUCCGCGGACUGUCAACGCCACAUUCCUCGAUCCCAACCGCUAGCGACCAGUAACAGCUUUCUAUACAACGCCGAUUCACAAACGUGUGCGAAAAUGUCGACCGGUCCAUAUAAUUAUUCCUAUAUCUUUAAAUAUAUCAUUAUAGGAGAUAUGGGAGUAGGCAAGUCAUGCCUGCUUCAUCAAUUUACAGAGAAGAAAUUUAUGGCAGAUUGUCCACAUACCAUUGGUGUCGAAUUUGGGACUAGAAUUAUUGAAGUAGCAGGACAAAAGAUAAAGCUGCAAAUAUGGGACACUGCUGGUCAAGAACGAUUUAGAGCAGUUACUAGAUCGUACUAUCGGGGUGCGGCUGGAGCUUUAAUGGUGUACGAUAUUACCCGCCGUUCAACCUACAAUCAUCUCAGUAGCUGGCUGACAGAUACAAGGAACUUGACAAAUCCGAGCACUGUUAUAUUCUUAAUUGGUAAUAAGAGCGAUCUUGAAGGUCAACGUGACGUUACUUACGAGGAAGCAAAACAGUUUGCUGAUGAGCAUGGUUUAAUGUUUGUUGAAGCUAGUGCAAAGACUGGACACAAUGUAGAAGAAGCUUUCUUGGAAACAGCAAAGAAGAUAUUCCAAAGUAUACAAGACGGGCGAUUGGAUCUAAACGCAGCAGAGUCUGGCGUGCAACAUAAUCCCAGUCAACCGGGUCGCACCAGUCUCCAAGGUGUAUCUAACGAACAGCAGGGUGGAAAGGAUGCCUGCUCCUGUUAGGUCAUAUUUGUUUGUAUAUAGAUAUAUUAAUUGAUCGGUACUAUUAAUGCAUAUGAUUUGUACUAAAUGUAGCUGGCAGAUUGUCUCGUAGCCUGUAUCCUCCCUUUGAUAAGCAAAGUCUACUUAAAAGAAAAAGGAAAAGUUCAGGAUAAUUUUUUUUUUUAAAUUAGCGUUGAUUCACAAUAAUACGAUGUUAUAAAUACACGACACAUAGAAAUGGACACAUACGUCGUAAAAGUGAUUCCAAUAACGCUACUAGUUUUUUGACGCGGCAUGAGUCAAUGAUCUAUUGAUAAACGCGGCUUUUCUAUUAUAAUUGCAAUUUAUAUACUAUUUUGUAUUUCUGCAUUUUGUUGUAAAAUCAGAUGAAGGAAGAUAAUGCGUUUACAAUAUACACGCAAUAGCAAUAUGUAGAAGCCAAUCGAGUUAUUAUUUUCUCACAUGUUUAAAAAAUUUUGUGUUCGAACGCUUUAACAGAGAUGUAUAUUCUACGAAUAAGAUUUAUAUUCAACUUAUUCAUAUCUGCACGGGAGGAUUAUACAUUUGUUGUAAUUGUAAAAUUGUUCUUGCUUUAAGAAAUUUAAUCGAUGAAAAUUAA